CGCACACACAGUGACAUCGUCAUAGCGCUGGAUUCUGUUUUCACUCUUUGACAAUAUAGGAUAAAAAACAAUUCUUUGUAAACACACUUGGAUGGCUGAACCAGGCGAUGUGGAAAUGCAAAGUGUGAGGUUGUUUAACUUCUGAUUCAACAUAAAACAACCAAGAGCAUCAGCUGCUGUUUUCAACAAAGAAAAACGGACGGAGAUGGAGACUAGCACAAUGCCUCCAAAGGCCACGAGAUUCACAGUAGAAGAAGAAAAUGCACUGGUAUCCCAGGUGCUGGAGAUCAUUGGUGGGAUCACGCUUGAGGCCCUACAGACUCUGGACCAGCCUGAUGAGAGAGACGUGUGGUCGAUAGAGGAGGGGGAUGACUCUGUGUUCUACAGCGAUGAGGACCAAACUCAUCAGGACAUAAAGGAAAACACAGCUUGUGAUUUCAGUGCCCACAUGACCGAGCAUCUAGUCAAAAGUGAAGCAGCUGGAGAACCUGUUCCACAGAGGGAGGGUGAUCCAGGAGCAGAAGUCUUAAGUGACAAAGAGGAAGAGAAGGAAGUGACUCCGACUGUACAAGAAGAGGAAUGCCAAGAGCUCCAGACACCAAAAACUGAACAUGUGUAUCAGUCAGUGUCAACAGAUCCAGUAGCAGAAGCUAAUCUAGCUCCAGAAAACUCAGCUAGCACCAGUGGAGAAUCUCUACAACCAAACUGCACAAAUGCAGACAUGCAAACACAGCCUGGAAAGACUAUAUCAUCAGAAACAGCAAAUGUACAAGUAAAGGAGGAAGAAGUGGUGCCAGAGGCUCAGACGCCAAACCUCAACUCCUUUGGUGUAACUAAUGAGGAGAGUUAUACAAGGCUGAAUGUGGAGGCAGAGGUGCCAAUAGAGAGGUCGAGUGCUGAACUUGAGAUAUCAGGCAACAGACAGCCUGAGGUAGACCAGGAGCCAGAGCAGGACCGCAACUUCUAUGUUCCUGUUGAGUUUCAUCAGGGCCCCAGUCCAGGCUACUCCACCCUGCCUCUACCGAAGGAAUCCAGUCGCAACAAUGGCCAGCAGAAAUCUUUUGACCACCUCACCUCCUGCAAAUACAGCACCAUGUCCUACCGCAAGAUCCGCAGAGGCAACACCCGCCAGAAGAUAGAGGAGUUUGAAUACAUGAUAAUGAAUUUAUAAGAUGGUUUCAGAGCCACUUUCAGGAGAAAAAAAAACUGCAGGACAUGAUCCAUAACAAGAAACGAGCAUUAAUGGAUACUGAUUUUACGUUUUGGUAUAUUACAUGGUUUAUAUAUCUGUUAGUUCUGAAAUCUACUUGUAGAUAGUAUUGAAACUCUUCCAUACAGCUAUCUAGGUCACACAAACCUAACAAGAUUUCUAAAUGAGCUAUGCACUGUUUACAUCUGUUGUAUAGUAUCUGAUUGGAGAAGAAUAACUAACAGUCAUCUCAUUUCCAAGAGGUACUUUAGGGUUUUCAUCUGGUUUCAGCAUGAAAACCUCAUUAUGUAAGGCAGGUAUUUGAGUAGAAGAUUAAAUAAAUAAGAAGCUCUGGGAUUUAUAAUCCUACUUGCUAUAAUAACUAAGAUGUUGUUUGGUAUUAGAGCUUCAGUAUCUGAACCUCUGGAGAGAAACUCUGAGUACUGAAACUAUUAGGGUUUGUAUUUUCAAGUGAUUAAGAAAGCAUACAUAUAUAUAUAUAUAUAUAUACAUGUCUUAAUGGCUAGUGAAUAAAAAUGAACAUAAAUAAAGACAUUCAUGCCAUUAAA